GGCAAUGCGAACUCUUAAUAAUUUGUUUUGCUUUUAACACUCACCAGUGACGUUUAUGAUAAUAAUCUAACCUAUAAACUAAAAUCAAAUUUCAGCAAACAGUAUACAUUUUUUUAAAUAAUUUGCUUACUGUGAUUAUUGAUGACUUAAAUUGAUUUAAGAUGAAUUAUAAAGACAAAAUAAUACUUGCUCCUAUGGUAAGAAUUGGAACCUUACCAAUGAGACUUUUAGCUCUUCGAUAUGGUGCUGAUAUUGUAUAUACUGAAGAAUUAAUUGAUUGGAAAUUCUUGCGUUCAAGACGUAAAUGUAACGAAAUUCUUAAUACUAUAGAUUACAUUGACCAAACAGAUGGUACAAUUGUCUUUAGAACCUGUAAGGAGGAAAAAGAGAAAGUUGUAUUACAACUUGGUACAUGUGAUGCAGAACGAGCACUGAAAGUUGCAAAAAUGGUUGAAAAUGAUGUAGCUGCCAUUGAUAUAAAUAUGGGUUGUCCCAAAGAGUUUUCCAUAAAAGGUGGAAUGGGUGUAGCUCUCAUGGCUCAACCAGAAAAAGCAAAUACUAUAUUAAAAACAUUAGUGAAAAAUGUUUCUAUUCCAGUUAGUUGUAAAAUAAGAAUAUUUGAGACUCCAGAAAAAACUUUAGAACUUGUGAAUAAAUUGGUGAGUUCAGGAAUUAAAGCUAUUGCCAUACAUGGUAGAACACGUGAUGAACGACCUCAACAUGCUGUGCACACAGACAUCAUUCGCUAUAUUGCAGAAAGUAUAUGUAUACCAGUUAUUGCAAAUGGGGGUUCCAAAGAAAUUGAAAAACAUGGUGACAUAUACAAAUUUAAAGAGCUGACAGGUUGUACCAGUGUAAUGAUUGCAAGGGCAGCAGAAUGGAAUUGUUCCAUUUUUAGAAAAGAAGGUUUACUACCUAUGGACUUGGUCAUUACAGAUUAUCUUAAACUUGCAGUCGAUUAUGACAAUUCACCGUCUAAUACAAAAUAUUGCAUACAAAACAUUUUGAGAGACUUGCAAGAAACUCCAAGAGGAAGACAAUUUCUAGAAUGUCAGACUUUAGAACAAAUAUGUUCUAUUUGGGGACUUGGUGAUUACUGUCAAGAGAAGCAAUCCCAAUAUCAGAAAAUGGGAAUUCAAGGGAGAUGGCAAGUUACACCUAGUGAACUUGAGCCACCUCAUAAAAAAAUAAAAUUACCUGCAGAAGAGCUUAAUGGCGUCACAGAAAUGAAAGUCUGUUUUAUUCGUGCUAAUUUUAAUGAUCUUAACUUACCUAAAUCAAGGCUUCAUGCAUGGGCUGGAAAGAAUGGUUAUAAGAUCCCAGUAUAUGAAACACAACAAGUAGAGAAACUGUUUCGUACUAUUAUCACAUUUAAUGGGCAUAAGUAUGCCUCAACAUUUUGGGAAAAAAAUAAGAAAUUUGCAGAGCAAGGAGCUGCUUUGGUUUGUUUACACAAAUUAGGAUUGAUAACACAGGAAGAAUUAAUACAAUUAGGAAGUAUAAUAAAAUGAAUUCAUAAAAUGAUAA